AUGGAGAUCGAUUCGAAGCCAGAAAGAGAAAUCAAAGAGAAAGAACUAUUUAAGGGAGCAGAAUCGGGCGAUUCAUCGCUCUUCAAAUCGCUAUCUGAAGAACAGCUUCUCAAAGCUCUCUCUCUCCGCAAUGAAGAUGGUCGUACCCUCCUGCACGUAGCCGUUUCUACCGCCCAAACCGAGGUGGUGGAGAGACUAUCAACUGCUAACCCGUCAAUUGUGAACAGUUCCGACGAAGAAGGUUGGGCACCUCUGCACUCUGCAGCGAGCAGUGGCAAUCUCAAAAUUGUGGAGAUUUUACUCAACAGAGGAGCUGAUGUUAAUUUGAAAAAUGAUGGUGGUCGCACUGCCCUGCACUAUGCUGCUAGUAAGGGUCGGUUAAAAAUAGCUGAACUUCUGGUUUCACAUGGUGCAAAGCUCAACCUGAAGGAUAAGGUUGGAUGCACCCCAUUGCAUCGUGCAGCUAGCACGGGGAAUGCAGAGUUAUGUGAAUUCUUGAUUGAGGAAGGAGCAGAGAUUGACGAUGUUGAUAAAGCAGGUCAAACUCCACUUAUGGAUGCAGUGAUAUGCCAUAACAAAGAGGUAGCUCUCCUUCUUAUAAGACAUGGAGCGAAUGUGGAUGCUGAGGACAAAGAAGGAUACACAGUUCUUGGUCGAGCCUCGGCUGAUAUACGUCCAGUGUUAAUUGAUGCUGCUAAGGCCAUGCUUGAAGAAUGA